AUGCAGCGAUCCAAACGGAGGAGCAGUAGCAAUGGCGGCCAGAGAUCCUUCGCCUGCGCGCACGAAGGAUGCGGCAAGUCCUUCACGAGAUCGGAGCACUUGCAUCGUCACCGGAAGAACCACACCGAUGGCGACUGGACCUGCCAGCGGUGCCGCGCCCACUUCAAGCGUCCGGACCUUCUCGAGAGACACAUGAGCCGCCACCGGAAACGGGACAUAGAAGCCGGCGGCGAAGGCAUCGGCGUCUUGAACACCCGCAAGCGCAUGUGGAAGGACCACAACGGCCGCAUCGUCCAGAAGAGACCGGCCGAGACCCCGGCCCCUGACGGCCCCCAUCUCGCGGCCGCAUACCUGCCGCAGGCAAAAGAACCCAUCUCCCCUCCCGACUCCUUGCACACCCCCGUCCACGGCGAUCGCGCCCCCGCGCCGCAGCCGGCCUUCACCACCGACGACCCCCACGGCGUCAUCGCCGACUACGCGCUGUCGACCGGCCAGUUCGACGCCCAGGGCGCCGGCCCGUACUGGUCCCUCCCCGAAACGUCGCAGGCCGGCGGGGCCGGGAUGAUGUCCUCGAACCUCGACCUCAACUACGACGAAGUCUUCCAGCCCGACACCUCCAGCUCCUUUAACAUGCCCUACACCACUCAGGUGAACUACGACUGGCUAUUUAACCUCGACUACGGCACCGCCGCCGCCUCCGACAUGCCGCAGGCGGCCCCGUACCUCGCCGCCGCCCCCCCCUUGCCCCGAUACCCCUGCGGCGACCUCCCGCCGCCGCUGCCCGCACCGCCGCUGCCCCACGACCCCGGCCAGGGCGACAGCAGCAUGGCGGACUGCCCGAUGACACCGAUGGGCUCGCCUCUCGACUACGCGCGCUCGCUCACGAGCCCGCACCACGCAGCAGCCAGCCCGAGCGCGAGCGUCUCGUCGUUUGGGCAGCCGCAGGCGUCCGCCGCCGGCGCCGUCGCCGAGGAGGCCGUCGAGAUGGAGUUCGAGCGGCCGCUGACGACCCUGCGACCGCCACAGCGGCUGCCGGCACUCGACAGCUUCGCCUACGCGCAGCUCCUCGAGACCGUGCAGGCGGCACGGCCGCUCGCCCCCGACGGCGGCUUCGUGGACGUCGCGCACCAUCCGCUGCUCGCCCGCGCCGCGCUGCAGAUCUACUGCGACCUCUUCUUCACCCGGUUCAACACGGCAUACCCCCUCAUCCACCUGCCCACCUUCGACCCCGCCCGCAAGGAGCCCCUGCUGCUCAUUUCCAUCAUCCUGCUUGGCGCGAGUUACGCGGACAAGGACGCCCACCAGCUCGCCGUCUGCAUCCACGACGUGAUUCGCCCGGCUAUAUUCUCGCACGCAAGCUUCAACCCGAAGCCGGACCUGUGGAUGCUGCAGACGAUUCUGCUCGUUGAGUGCUUCGGCAAGAGCCGCGCGGGCCAGAAGCAGCACGACAUGAGCCACCUGUUCCACGGCAUGCUCAUCAACCUGAUCCGCCGCUCCGACUGCCAGUCGGUCCGGCCCGUGCGGCCCGGUGGCAGCAGCGCCGACAUCGCGGCCGACGCCACCGCCGCCACCGACGAGCACGCCUGGCGCCGCUGGGUUGAGGCUGAGGAGAAGAAGAGGCUCGCCCUCCUGAGCUUCAUGUGGGACACGCAGCACGCCGUGCUGUUCUGCCAGUCGCUCUGCAUGUCGGCCUUCGAGCUGCGGCUCCCGCUGCCCUGCAACCAGGCGCUCUGGGAGGCGCCCGGCCCUGCCGAGUGGGCACGGCUCUCGCUCCUUAUGCUGCCUGAGCCGUUGUACCUCUCCGCGCUUAAGUCGUACAUCACAGCCGACGCGCGCGCGCCCUCGCACCACCACCACCACCACCACCACCACCUCCGCCAUCCCUUCCCCCACCUCAACGGCCUCUCCCGCAUCCUCCUCUUCCAUGGCCUCAUGUCCAUCUUCUGGGACAUGCAGCGCCGCGACCAGACCAGCCUCGGCAACGCCGCCGGCGGCCGUUGGCAGGCCCGCCUAGAAGCCGCGUACCGCGCGUGGCGCGCCGACUUCGACGGCUUCUGCGCGCGCCAGGCCGCCCUAGCGACCACGUUCGCGGGCGUCUCCGACCACCCGGUGGCCCGGCGCCGCGACAGCAGCAGCAAUACGACGCACUCAGCCUCUACCCCCGGCGGCCCCGGCCCCUCCUCUACCACGGCCGGCGUGGGCGCAGCGGAGGCUACGCGCGCCGAACUCGACGCCUGGCGCGCGGCGCACCUGGCCGUGUAUCACGCGGCGCACGUGCUGCUGCGGGCCGACUUCCUCGACAUCCAGAUUUUCGCCGGGGCGCGGCACAUCCUGGGGCGGGGGGUGAGGAGUGCCGACUUCGUGCGGUCGGGGCGCGUGGUUAAGCGGUGGGGACGCUGCGGUGCCGCCCCCGAUGGCGACGCCGACAGCUCUAGCACCCCCGACGACGACGACGCCGCCGCCGCCGCCUGGCACGCGGCGCUGCUGCUGCGCGCCGCGGCCCCCGCCCUCGCCGACCCCGACGCCACCGGCCUCUUCCACGUGCCCUGGUGCCUGUACCUGGCGACGCUGACCAUCUGGGCGUUCCACCACACCUCGCCGCACCCGUAUACGCACGGGGCGUCGUCGGCGUCGUCGCGCGGCCCCGGCGGCGCCUCCGCCUUGCCCCGCCCCUACCCCGCCCUCGGUCGCGCGGGCGCGGCCGAAGACGACGACUCCGAUAGCGAGCUCGUGUGGGACGCACGCGCGGAGAUGCACGCCGUGCUGGACGCCAUGGCCGGGUCGCGCGGCGACGCCGCCCACCUGCCCGCGCUGCAGGGCCGCCACCGCACCGGCGCCCUCGUCUGGGUCGUCGCCGAGGCCCUGAGCAAGGUGCGCUGGGGCAUUGUGCAUGCUGGCGUCGCGGUUCUCAAAGGGCUCGUGCCUUUGCGGCUUAUCGGGCACUUUGAGGACGACGAAGACGGCGGCGUCGGCGGGAUAUGA